AUGGAGCAUGAGGACGUGGCGAUCUGCUUGUUGUGCGGCCUCCCCAAGAGCUACGAGAACGUCGUGCUGAACUUGGAGAUGAGCAGCGCGGAACUGCGGACGCAAGACGUCGUGAAAGUGCUGACGAAUGAGCACAUCAAGAGACAAGGGAAAAAGACGACAUCGGUGAAAACUGAAGAAGCGCCCAAGUGUUGA